CUCAAACAGCUUCUCAUCGAAGAUGACAGGCCGUAGCUUGAUACAUCACAGGCCGAGCCAUUCUAGAGUCAUCAGUGACCCUCCAAUCCCCCAUCCAACUAUACUCAAACUUGAAGAAAACCUCCACAAUCUCAAAUCUACCUUAAAUUCUUCCUCUCCCCUAAAUGCCCAAAUCUUGUGUCAUGCAGUGAAAGAGGUAGCAAAUUUAUACAGCCCCAUUAAUGAGCUCCUCUGCUUCCAAUCUCAUCACAGAAAAUGGGUUGAAGAGCAACUUGAUGCUUCCAUCAAGUUAUUAGAGUUGAUUUCCUCCGCAAAAGAUUUGAUGGUUUUGACGAAAGAGCAUGUUCAAGAUCUCCGGUCGACGAACCGGAGAAAAGGCAACAAUGCUUGUGAGACCUCACAGAAGAAGUUGCACAGGGAAACUAAAGUUUGUUUAAAGUUGUUGAAGCAGGUUGAAAGUAGUGCUUGUUGUGGUAAUGUUAGGGAUUGGGAUUUGAUGCGGGUGGAUAGGAUUUUGGUUAAAAUGAAGGAGAUUCUUGUUGCCCUGUUUAGAUCAUUGAUGUGCUCGUCGUCGGUGCCGAGGCCGAGAAUAAGGCGGGGUUUGCUUGCAAAGGAGGGAAGUGAAGAUCAGCAACAGUUGGGGGAGUUGGAGCAAAGCAUUGAAGGGUUUGAGGAUGGAUUAGAGUUGUUGUUCAGGAAAUUGAUACAAAAUAGGGUGACCCUUCUUAAUGUUCUUAGCCUAUAGCAAGAGACGUUCGAUGAGCGUAAUGAGUUAUAUAAAAACCUGAACCUUCUGCAUUUCUUUUGAAUAGAUUUUGUGUUCUCGUUAUCAGCAGGGUUAUC